UCAAAUAACCCAAAAAAUUCUAUCAACUUAAGCAGGCUCGAGCCGGAGCCGGAGCCGACACGUAUCUUCUUCUCCGGCGAGAACUCACAGCGAAACGCUCCGGAUUCUCCGUCGGUCCUCCGCCGCAGCCGCCGGAAUUGAGGAGCGGCUCCGGCGUCGCAGCGCCCGACCAUGUCCCUCCUCGUCAGCUCCCCCACGUUUGCACCGCAGCAGAAGCUGAGGAAACCCGGUCUGGGCGACCGUGCGAGGCUCAACCCGCCGUCGCAGUCUCCAUUUUUCGGUACCCAAAUGAGGGGCAUCGGCAGGAACUGCACUGGCUACGGCAGGAAUGGAGUCCGGGCGUUUUUCUUCAAUCCCACUGAAGAGCGCAUCAUUAAGGAAGCUCUCAAGGAACCGGUUGCUUUCUUGGGUGGGAUGUUUGCGGGUCUUCUGAGGCUUGAUCUGAAUGAAGAUCCACUGAGGGAGUGGGUUACCAGAACGGUGGAAGCUUCAGGGAUUUCUCAGGAGGAGCUUGAUGCAGAAGGAUCCAAAGAAGCAGAAGAAGAUGGCCCUCAACAGAUUGAGAUUGAAUGAAGGUCGGGUCAAUUAUCGCAUUAUACCUUCACCGCAUAGUGUAAAGUAGGCUGAAAUAGGAUGGAAAUCAAGUAGAUUAUCCAUGGACGUUUUGUAUCUGUUGUAAACAAACGGCGGGAUUGGUUAGUUUCUUGAAAAAAGUAAGCUGUCCUUUCGACAGUGUUUGUGGAA